UAAGUUUUGAUGUGCACAAAUAAUGUGAGCACUUAUAUGGAGACAUUACGUUUAAUGUGGGAUAUUUUAUUCUCGACUCGAUAUCACUAAUCAAGGUUUUAAUCACCGAUAUUUAAUAAGUGUAUUUGAGCUUUUUGAUUGUAACGUUUAUUUUUUACUGCAUAUUACUUGUUAUGUUAUAGUUUAUAGGACAAUUAAACUUUAAAAAUGAAUAUCUUAAUGGGACUGUUAGCAAUUAUUGUGAGCGAAAGUGGACUGCAGGGUACACAUGUUCAUAUUGCAAGCAGCAUGAUACUUAUGAAAGGCAUUAAAAACCUUCGUUUAAAUCAUAUGUUUAUGGCGGAAAACGGAACUUCACUUUAUUUGACGGGCAAAAAUUACAUUUACCACCUAGAUACAGAAAGUCAUUUAAAUGGGAUUGAUGAAGUUAAAACUGGACCAAAUGGUGUUGGGAACGGUGAGAAUAAAAUCGACGAUGUUACCAAUAUCGUGAUACCGUAUGGUACGGACGAAGUGAUUACAUGCGGUAGCAGUUACACAUUCUGCCAUAAACGAUUACUUAGAAAUAUCUCUGACUGGACCGAAGGAUUUGAACGCUCCAUUAACAACAGUGCUGCUGUGGCAUUUGUUACUGAUUUCGAAAAUGAAACGUACUUGUUUGUAGGAUGCCCACAUGGUAACCUUCAACCAAAUACCCUCUGUGACAGAUUUGGGAUAUCUUGGUUUAAGCACUUGUUCACAAUGAAAGAAGGACCAGAGUUUAAGACUUCCGAUGGCUUACUGCUGAGAACAGAAACUUAUGUGAAGGCAUUCGCUAUCGGUCAUCACCGACUAUUUUUCAGCAUACAACGAAAUAAGACAGAUAACUCUACUAUCAGCAGAGUUGCAAAUAUUUGUCAGAAGUAUACUCAUUAUGCCCCGCACACGUAUGUGGACAUGGAACUGAAAUGUGGGAACUCAAUUUACAUGCAAGCUGUUGAAAAAACGUGCUUUGAAGGAGAAUGUAUAAUUGUUGCUACAUUUACCAACGGCGGACAUUCGGUCGUUUGUGCUUACCUAUUCUCGGAGAUUAAAUCGAGUUUGGCAGUCAAUGUUAAACGUUGCCACGAUAAAACUCUUCAACUGCCUACCGGUGUUUACGACUAUUUCAAUCAUCCGAAGAAUAGACCAUGUACUGGACCACCUGCUUAUCUAAGAGGAAUCAACACCACGGACGACUUCUUUUUAUGUAACGAGGAGGGAUACAGUGGAUUCCAAGACGUGAUAGGAGAUACAGCCCUGCUGAUGAAUGUCAGUGUACGGCUGAAUCACACGGUCGUUACUGCCCUCACCUUAGUGUCCUUUCACGGACGUGUGCUAGCUCUACUAGGAACAGCUAAGGGAGAAAUCAUUAAGGCCCUUGUGUUUCCGCGGGAAGAGGCAACGGUCUUUCCCUGGAAAGCUGUUGUGGAUAUUGGCCACGCAGUAAUGGCGGACAUGUUUGUGUACGGAUACACAUUGUAUGCAUUCUCGGAAAAUGUGGUAAAAGGGAUAAAUCUGACCGACUGUUCCGAGUUUUCAACUUGUGACAAAUGCAUGGCAAGCAAGGAUUUUUUAUGUGGAUGGUGUAUUUUGGAAAAUAGAUGUACGACCACAGCACAGUGUUCGAAUUCAGAAUGGAUAAUGGCUGAAGGCUCAGUGGGACACUGUCCAUACAUACACCAAAUAAUUCCUAACAUGAUACGAACAGAUGAAUCGCAAGUGUUUACGCUCAUCUUGUCACAUAACCUAAGCAUUGGACUAGAAUUGAGCUGCAAGUUUGAAAGCUUGGUCGACAACAAGACUAUCUUGAUGAAAAGCACUGUUCCGAGAAUAGAAAGGAGCGACGAACUAUCAGUUUGGUGUCGCUCGCCAGAGUGGACGAAUAUAGAACAUUUCAUCAAAGGGGCCGCCAAUGUGUCUGUCCUGCUCUUCACAAACGUUUCUUCCGUGCCUGUAAUGAGAGGGGACAUAAGUGUGUUCAAAUGCGAAACAUUUACACGGUGUCGCAACUGCAGUUUCAGUCGAUGGACAUGUAAAUGGUGUCCUUUACAGGGACGUUGUAUCAAAGAAAACAAUUCAUGCAAUAGAUAUGAGUAUUCUGAAGAGAUCGACAAAGAAAAGGAAUGUCCGCGGGUGGAAACCUACACCGUUUCUGCUCCAAACGUGUUGAAUAGUCACGGUGAUGCACAUUUAUCAAUUGAGGAAAGCUACAAUAUUACCGUCAAGGGCGUGAACUUUAUUGAUACUCAUGGUUUGGCAAAUUACCAGUGCUCAGUGAAACACUUGUAUCUUCCUGGCGGAGAAAUACAAUUUCCAGCCACAAGAAUUAGUAAUUUGGAGAUUAUGUGUCACAUCCGAAAACAAAACAAAACAGGUGGCAUACUAUGGAAUCUGGAUUCCGCUACAAGUCUUCAUCUUGACCUUCAGUCAAAACAGCUUGACGGUCAAUCCUUUAAAGUUGUGUUUUAUCAUUGCGGGUCUCUGAUCUACCCAUCAAACAACUGUGGACAAUGUGAAAGUUUUAAAUACUUCCAGCCGUAUCUAAGAUGCCACUGGUGUAGUGGGCAGUGUAUUUACUCGGGAAAGAAUUGUACAUCGCCGGAAACCGUGUGCCCUGACCCAGUUAUCACAAAGGUAUAUCCACUUUCUGCCCAUAUCAAUGCCAUCACGCCCAUUACUGUCGAAGGUUAUAAUCUUGGGUCCCACACCAACGAAACACUGAAUGCUGUUAGUGUCGGAAACAUCCCCUGUUAUACUAUCUACACUGACGUUGUGGAAGACAUAUCAACACAAAUAACGUGUAAUCUUGGACCGAGUCAAAGAGUAGCAACCGAACACGUGACAGUGAAUAUACCAGGACACGAGCCUGUCGUGUUUGCAAACUACAGGUUUUCUUUUCAGAUUCCUAGAUUAAUAAGGAUUUCGCCAAAUUACGGGCCUUUGUCUGGCGGUACAAAUGUUACGAUAUAUGGCGAGUAUCUUGACACAGGUUGGGAGAGGAAGAUAAUGGUUGGAGAACAACUCUGCAGACUGGUUACAGUACCUGCGUUUAUGAAGCCAACUAUGGCAGAAUGUAGGACAGUAAAAUUGAAUUCAACCUCCAAGACGACAGCUACAGUUUCCAUGGUUUUCGAUAAUCAGGCGGUAGAAGGAGUCAACUUCACGUACCUUCCCGACCCAGUAGUUUGGGAUAUUCAGCCAAGAAAGAGUUUUGAAAGCGGAGGGCGAGUUUUAACGGUGAUUGGUCUGAACCUGUUUUCCGUGCAUACACAGAAGCUUAGGGCCCACACAAUUGACGGAAAGGCUGCAGUUGAAAUGUCGUGCGGGUUAGGAAAAGCGCAUGGCCGCGUGGACAGUGAGUUUAAUGGAAGUUUAACAUGCAGAAGCCCAAUGUUUCCUUCUCGAGGGUCAAGACGGCGUAUAAACCAGUCACUUGAAGUAUUGGGAAUCAUGGAGGUCAGCCUAGUCAUGGACGAUGUGAGUUCAGUCAGGAAUUUGCCGUCCAACAUAUCUCUCCUUCUUUACUAUCCUGAUCCAACAUUUUACAAAUUCACCGAGACUCAGCGCUACGCUCCAGUUCUCUUUAUACGAGGUAAACAUUUGGACCUGGCUGCCACCGCGGAAGACGUACAAGUUUUAAUUGGAUGCGAAAAAUGCAAUGUUACUACUCUGCAACACGACUUGGUAAUAUGUAACCCUCCGACAAGUGCGCCGAAGUGUAACAUCACCAGACAAACGUUGUUCGCUAUAAAGGUAAGCAUUGGAUUUUUAAUUCAAGAGGUCGGCCAUAUGGAAUAUAAAAAUUCGUCAAAGGAACAUCAGGUUUACAUAAACAUUCAAAUUACAGGUGGCGUUGUAGUUGGAGGAUUGUUUUUAAUCUUUGUGCUUUCGGUUAUUGGAUUUUGUGUUAAAACGAUGAAGAAACUGCGAGAGCAAAUACAACAGGAAGAGUCUAGUAAGGAGUACGAGCUGGAGUUAUUAAAAGCAUCGGAAUGAUCACUCUUCGACAAAUAAGACUUCAUUUACUGAUCGACAACUGUUCUCAUCGGUGAAAUUGUUCCUUACUAUGACAUAUUUUGAACAGCAGAAUAGAAAUAGAAGGGCUGACAUUGUGUUUCACAAGACGAUUGUUCUAUAUUUAGUGUAUGCUGCAACAGUUUAAACUCAUGUGAGAUAUGUUGAAAACUGUUAUUUAUUUGUACUUAAAUUAUAUAAUGCAAAAUACUUUCAUUUACUACUUACCCUAUUUUUGUUUGGAGUGAAUUAACACAUAAAUCGAUUUAAUCACGAUAAUAUAAUAUUAUCUACAUUGCUGUAAAUUUAACGGAAGAGAUUCAUUUGUUUGGAUGAACAUUCUCGUGGUGACCAAAUACAAAACGGUCAGACAAUGAUUUGAAAACUAACCGAUAUGUGAACAUAACAAUUAAAAUUUAAAUUGUGGUAGCCUAAAAUUUGACUAUAUAAUUUUUUGACAAAGCUAUUUUGAUGUAUGUGUGAUCUGCUUGUGGUGUUAUGUCUCUUGCUCAGUGCUUUUGGGCACUUACACAUUCUCGUGGUGAUUUAGUUCAAAACGGUCUGACAAUGAUUUGAAAACUAACCGAUAUGUGAAGCAUAACAAUUAAAAAUGUAAAUUGUGGUAGCCUAAAUUUUGACUUUAUGAUGUUUUGCCAAAGCUAUGUUGAUGUAUAUGUGAUCUGUUUGUGGUGUUUUGUAGGUGUUGUGUCUCUUGUUCAGUGCUUUUUUGGCAGCAAAUUUGUGCCGUUAUAAUUGAAAUAUUUACAACCGGGCUUGUUCCUGUAGUUUACACUGUAUUUUUGUGUACACUUUCUGUUUAAUACCUUCUGAGGUUACCUUAAUUUUGAAGCAUGUUAUAUAAAAAUACCGCAAUGUGUAACGGAUGUUAUAUGUAUGCCUUACAAAUAAAAAAACA